AUGUCAAUACCAAAGUCGUGUAUGUUUAGUUUGAUGUUUCUGUCGUUAAGUAUCGCUAAUUUUGGUGGCGACUCAACAGAUGGUCGAGAGUUCAUUAUAGUUUUUUUGCAGACUAUAGUAAUAGAAAAAGAUCCUACACUCAUCGUUGCGACGACCGACAACAAUUGCGUCGUUACAGUGGUGAUUCCAAAAAUUUUCUAUUUUCGAACAUACGAAGUUGCCGCACGAACAAAACUAGAAAUAGCCAUACCAAAAUCGAUAAUACCGAAAACAGACGGCUUAGACAAUUUGGGUAUUCUCAUCAAAAGCACUGCUGAUAUUUCAUUAUGGGGUAUGCACGAUGCAAGUAGUAGAUCGGGAGACGGGUUUCUUGCACUUCCAACUAAAAUACUAGGUCGUGAGUAUUUUGGCGUUUCGUACAAGCCCUUUUCUGGAGCAGAGCUUGGAGUGGUCGGUAUUGACGAUGGUACUACAGUAAUGAUUACAUAUGAUCACCCGUACACGUUUGGCGACCGAAAUAUUAUUGCCAAUUAUCCACUGAAAGUUAAACUGGAUAGAUUUGAAACAAUGUUUAUUAAUUCACAUAAUGACAUAACCGGCAUUCACAUCGAAUCAAGUGCGCCAGUCGCUGCCUUCUCCGGAAAUCAAUGCGCUUUUAUACCAUUUUCAUCUGGUAUUUGUAAUCAUAUUGUUACACAGUUGGUACCCUUUGAAAGAUGGGGAAUGACAUAUGUUGUUACACCAUUCUUUGGACACAUUGAUUAUGUUGUAAAAGUCAUUACAGGACGUUACAGUUCAACUGUCAGCGUAGGUGGAAGGCAACAUGUGCUGGAAAAAAUGACAUCAUUGACCUUAAAUCUGACGUCUAGCGAAGUCAUCACAGCUGCCCGUCCUGUACUGGUAGUUCAGUUUAGUUUUGGCAUGACGCUCGACAACGGAAAUAGUUAUCCGACGAUGCUACUGGUUCCAGCAAUGCAACAAUUUACAAAUGAUGCAGUUAUUGCUACAUUCUCAGACUACCACCCAUCAUUGCAUUACCUUAAUCUUGUUGCAACAUGCUACGACUUAGAAAAACAGUAUAUUCUUAUUGAUGAAGCUCAGAUUGAGUUUGUUAAGAAGGAGGUAUAUGUUGAUGGUAUUGCGCAUUGUAUAAGUCAAAUGCUUCUUAACACAAGUUACAGUAGGAUUACAACAAUCAAACCAAACGUAACGUUUUCUGCCAUCAUACAUGAACGCACAAAGAUGUUUUCAACUACAAGAGCUGCCAAACUUCGAUUAACGAACACAACCUGUUCUACUACUAAUAAAUAUGGAGUCACUCUGGCUCAUAACUGUGACGAAAAAGUUGUCAUCUUCACUUACGCCUGUCCGGAGCCUUGUCCUGACAAAAAAGAAGAAAAUUAUUGUGGACCUUGCAUAGAUGGGCUUGCUGUAUUUAUUGUGAUGUUUUUGUCAUCUGGACUCACAAUAUGUGUGGAACAAUUUGUACGGUGUUGCCGGGCAGCAUGUCAAGACGAAUGGUAA